AGGCAAGCAAGCUGUUUUCGUUUAUUAUCCAACCUAGGCCCCCAUGGACGUGGUUCCUGUCCCUUUCGGUCCAUCUGCACAAACAAAAUUUGUCGUCCCUGGCUCCGGGGCCCUGACCAGAUCAGAACUUCCUGUCGACCAUCAUGAACGCCGUCGACGAGGGACUCGAGCUGGCUGAGACCGACGCUCGGUCUCAUGCCCUUGAGACCAAGGAAGGCCAUGAGCGGCCAUCGUCGUCAGGUACCACUGGGUCCACUGGUUACAGCAGUUCAAUCGAAUACAAUCCCCAGCUGCACACCCUCCAGUCGCGAAACACCGAAGUCGACCUCGAGCGCCAUCGCACAAGCACCUCCCAUGCCCUGAGCAGGAUCGAAACUCAACGCCUUCAACAUGCUAUGACCGUGGGUGAAAGCGUCAAGUCACGCGCCUCCCGCGCGCCAUUGCCUCGCAUGGGCGCCAAUAAGGAGUAUCCGCCCCCUCUGCCAGAUCGCGAAGAUUAUGUCGUCGAAUUCGACGGGCCAGAAGACCCCCUAUAUCCCCAAAAUUGGGCAUUGUCGACCAAACUUUAUAUCAGCGCCAUGCUCGCCUUCACCAGUAUCUGCAGUACCUUCGAUUCGGCCAUUUUUAGCUCCUCCACCACCCAUGUUGCGCAAGUGUUUGGUGUUGGCAUCGAAGUUGCGACCCUCUCCAGUUCAUUGUAUAUCUGUGGUUAUGCGUCUGGCCCCUUGGUCUGGGCACCCCUGUCCGAGCUCAAGGGCCGUAAGCCACCCAUCGUCGUGGCCAUGCUGGGAUUCGGGAUCUUCAACACCGCUGUCGCCGUCGCCAAGGACCUGCAGACGAUCAUGAUCUGUCGCUUCUUCUGUGGUGUCUUUGGCAGUUGUCCGCUGGCUGUCGUGGCCGCCAUCUUCUCCGACAUCUACAACAACCGCACCCGUGGUGUCGCCAUUGCCAUGUUCGCCAGCACCGUGUUCCUGGGUCCGCUCCUCGCACCGUUUAUCGGAGGUUUCAUCAACUCAUCGUAUCUGGGCUGGCGCUGGACCGCAUAUAUCCCUGCAAUCAUGGGCUACGCUGCAUUCGUGAUGAACAUGUUCUUCCUCAAGGAAUCCUACCCUCCCGUCAUCUUGGUUUCCAAAGCUUCGGAACUGCGCCGUCGCACCAAGAACUGGGGGAUCCACGCGAAACAGGAGGAAAUUGAAGUCGACUUGCGAGAGUUGGUAGUCAACAACUUCUCCCGUCCCAUCCGGUUGCUAAUAGGGGAGCCGUUGAUCCUGGCGGUGACGAUCUAUCUCAGUUUCAUCUAUGGCUUGCUGUACUGCUUCCUCACCGCAUACACUCUCGUCUUCCAGGGCGUGUACGGCAUGUCCGCCGGUAUCGGCGGCUUGACUCUGUUCGGCAUGGUCGUUGGACUUAUCAUCGCGGCCACGUACAUCGUGCUCGACAGUCGGGGGUACAACAAGAAGCUGGAAGCGAACGGAGGUAUUCCUGUGCCGGAGUGGCGUCUGCCACCUGUGAUCGUCGGAGGUGCCCUCUUCGCUGCAGGUCUGUUCUGGUUCGGCUGGACCGGUCACACCAAGAGCAUCCCAUGGAUCGUGCCCACGCUGAGUGGACUGUUCACCGGGUUUGGCCUUUUGAUGAUCUUCAUCCAGCUAUUCAACUAUCUGAUCGACACGUACCUCAUGUUCGCCGCAUCCGCCAUCGCAGCCAACACCUUCUGCCGUUCCCUCGUGGCAGCCAGUUUCCCCCUCUUCUCGCGUCAAAUGUUCGACAACAUGGGCAUCCAAUGGGCCGCAACCCUUCUCGGCUGCGUAGCCGCCGUAUUGGUCCCCAUCCCCGUCUGUUUCUGGUUCUUCGGCAAGAACCUGCGGAAGCGAAGCAAGUUUGCACCUUUUUACGAAAAGGUGGCUGAAUCGCACGCCCCUGAUGAUGGGGUUGAGGAGGGGAAUGGAAUCCUGGAGCCUAACCGCUCGUAA